GUGUGUGUGUGUGUGUGACUGACCGUUUUGUGAAAUCUUCAGAGAAUCGGGUAAUCAGAAGCGAAAGCUUCGGUUUUUCCGUUUGUUAAGCAGAAAUAUUCUCAGCUCUAAAAUCGUUACUAUUUUAGUUAAUCAAAAUUUCUUCUUCUUUUUCCUUUCCUGUUCAGUUAUGUGAAUUGCAACAUAUUAUAAGCUGGAUUUUUCAUCAUUCUCUGGAAAUGAGUUCAGAUUGUAAGGAAGAAAAUGUCAUAAUAGCAGAAUAAACUGAAGAAAAAAGGUGAAAAUUGACAAGUCUAAUCCAGUAUGAACAGCGCUGGAAUGAGUUGUUUAAGGUCCGAUGGUGAUAAUGAGAUUCAUUCUAGUGCUGCUGUUAGGAAGCGGUUUAGAUUUCCUAAAAAGUUUUUCGACGAGUGUAAUGGAGUGGAUCAUGCUUCUGUUCCUCGGAAACUUCGUUCAGCUAUCAAGAAGAGAAGUCGCCAGUCCAUCACUCCGCCUUUGCCAGUUUCAAAAAAGCUGAAUUACAUGUUAGAUGGAGCUGAAACACUAAGGAAAGACGUCAACAAAUCUAAGCUCAAAUUGUAUUUAAUGCAGACUCGUCGUGGCUCAAAUGGGUGUGUAACGGAGCUUGAAGGGCCAAUCACCAAAGAUGAAGAAGAAGUGGCUGAAACCUUAUAUGCUUUGGCUGGUAUGAUACCAGACACUGUCACCUCGAGCGCAAGCAAAUUAAAUAGUCAACUGUCAGAAAUGAAAUCUGCGUUAAAAGAAGCUGAGGCUUCUAUGAUUGCAAAUGGAGUUGUGAAGGAAGAGCAGGAGAUAAGGACAACCAGCUCCCAAUUCAAUGAUGAAGUUUCUAAGCAGUUUCCUGAGGUGGCUGUUUCAGCUGGAGAAGCUGCCAAAUUAAAAUCAUCUGAGGAUGCUUCCCAGUGUGAUACAUCGAUCAGCACAGAGCAACUUGAAAUUUCAUUGCAACCAAUUGUUGCCUGUGGAUUUCAAGCCAACCAACUGAACAUGCUUAAGGAGAAGAGGAAUAAUGGUUCAUUGUUGCGUCCAGGCUUGUCUGCAGGAGGGUCCUCUUGUUCCGACAAACUUGGUUUUUCAAAACAGUAUCCAAUUGCCAAAUUUCCUGCGUGGUUUGGAAGUACUGGUGCUGAUGCUCAAGCUCAAAAUGCAGAGUUUUCUCUCCCAACCGUGAAGGAUUCCCAAGUUCCACUUGAUUUGAGAAAAUCAUUUAAGAGGUGUGCUGCUCAUGUUUAUAUAAGUCGGCUGAUAAAAGUCUUACAGACUUCUGCAAGAGAAGACAUCGUCUCCUCGCAUCCUCCUCAGUUGUCAUCCCACGAUGGAUCAAAGCAAGGGACUCGCCUAAUUCAGAACAGCCUAACUGGAAAGGUAAAUGAGAUGCAUGGCAUUGAUUCUACCGGCAGUGUUGCCUGCACUACUACUGAGAAGAAUCAAACUGAAGUUAGAAAUGCAAUCCUUUUGCACCAAAGACUCCUUCAAGAGCAGCAACAAGCUUCUACAUCAUCUGGGGUCAAUUCUUUAGUAAAGCAGAACAUAGAUUUCCUGUCAUUGUCAGCUGGAAGUUACGUGAUGAAAGGUGCUAACGGUGCUAAUAUUGCUGGUCAUAAUCUUGAAGCGCCCCUAACCUCACAAAACCAUCCAGCCAUGCAUUUCUUGCUGCCCCAGAAUGGUUAUUCAUCUACAUCUUUCCGUUUCCAUCCUGCAACAGCAUCAGCUCAGCAGGUUCUGCUGCCUCCAUAUCUUGGAGGUGCAUCGACCCGUCCUUCAUUUGCAGCUGAUAUGACCUUACAAAGCCAAACAUUGCAGCAGAAUGAACUACGCAACGCUCAUUUCACUGAUCAGUACAAGUUUGGAGUCUCUACCUCACAAAUGCGAGACUGGCAAAAUGCAGGGCGACAAAUGCCUAUCUUUGGACCUUCUCAAGCUCAAUUUGCAGCUUCUUCCUCCUCCAUGGAACCUCUUUCUUCCAAGCUUGCUCCAGUUUUUCUGAAUGAGCAGGAGCUUAUGUCCAUUUCUUCGUCACGAGCUACUUCAAGGAACAGAGGACCAUAUUACCUUUUCCCUUCUGGCUACGAGGGAAAUGGACAUGGACUCUACCCCAAUAAGGUGCCUUCAUUGCAGCUGCUGUGCAAUGGUCAUCUUUAAGAUUGAGAGGGAGGGUACAAUAUUAGCAAUAUCAAGAUUAUAUCAGGCCUCUUCCAAAUCAUAAUUGAUUUAUUCUUUUCUUUGCUUAUGCAUAAGAGUAAGUGUUCAUUCUGUUAAUGAAAAUAUCGAAAGGAGAAACGACAAGAAGUGAGAAUAUAGUAGAUUGUGUCCCUUUGUUGGAUGAUGUAGUCUAGUACAAUUUCAUAUAUUAAAGGCUUACAUAUUAUGUUUAACUUUCAAUUAAUUAUAGAGUAACAUUUUCAGAGA